GAGAGAGCGAGAGAGAGAGAGAGAGAGAGAGAGAGAGAGAGAAGGGCGUAUGGUAUUAAUCGGCCAAGCAGAAAGCCCCAGUCCAACUGACAGCGGCGGCUAGCAGACGAGGCAACGAGAGAGGCAGAAGAGAAGCCCGAUUUCUCCAAUGUCAACAGUCUAUAUUCUACGGCAGUGAAAUAUAUACAAAUAAUUAACGGGAUGAUGAUAUUAAUUUUCCUGAUGAUUUUUGUUUAACACACGGAUAUCAGAUUCAUUAUUAAUAGACCAUCUGCCUACACACACUCGAACCGGAACACCGGUUUACAGGCAGCGUGCGUGGGUAACGUCUACGGUACGAUGGAUGGUAUUCUGUGUCAAUCGAUCGGUGUGACUACCUCGAGUCACCUUUGAGUCACUGGAUUGUUUCACGUGAAGGUUUAUUUCUCGAAACGCAACGUGAGCAGGCUAAUCAACUAGUCUUCGUACUGAACGGGCUUUCCUGUCACCAACGGGGUGGAAUUGUGAAACCUUCGCUUAUUGUGGCCCGAAUUCUUUAUUGGAAUAUUUUUGAACAGAAACAGUUUCUUAGGAAAUGUCCUAGUCUUCACAGCCAACGGGACCAUUUAAACCUGAACUAAUCAGAUGAUGAAGAUUCCGUCUCCCUGCGUCAAUGAUGGCUAAAAUGGAUACCCCUUUCUACCACGACGAAGCCCCAGGUAUUCCUCACAACUUCGGACAACACCAUGCAGAUUACCAACGUUACCAGGGCCACAAGAUGAUGAGUAAGAAGGUGGCACAUAACUUCUCAGGCGGUUCCCACAGCAGCUCUGGCCUGAAACUGUCACAAAACCAGCCGGGGAGCAACUGCAAUAUCAAUCCUAGUAAUCUGGGAGGGAUUAACAGCAACACAAACAGCUUGUUAAUGCCCGGCGGCUUGUCAGAUAUGAACCUUCUGAAGCUAGCCUCCCCUGACCUCGAGCACCUCAUCAUCCAGUCUAACCAGGGCCUAGUGACGACAUCUCCUGUCCCCAACCCUAACGGAGGUAACCCCUUCAUGUACCGGAACAACGCCACUAAUGAACAGGAGGGUUUUGCCGAUGGGUUCGUCAAAGCCCUGGCGGAUCUUCAUAAACAGAACCAGCUGGUUGGAGCUCCCGUGUCCCCUUCCUCCUCUAUGCAAGGCCCCUACCAGAGGAACAUCAUGUCUGCAGGAGACCUGCCCAUCUAUACCAACCUCAGCAGCUACAACCCGAACCACCCCAGCCAUAUAUCAUCAUCCUACCCAGGGGGCCAGAUGCCCGACAGCUACCCAGGCCAUGGCCCCCACAGACUUGGAGGCCAGGGACCCCACCAUCCCCACAACAGGGGGUUGGACGCCCCUCAGACUGUCCCAGAGGUCCCUCAUCCUCCCGGGGACCCCACCUCCUCCCCUCCCUCGCUCUCUCCCAUCGACCUGGAGACCCAGGAGAGGAUCAAGGCUGAGAGGAAGAAACUACGUAACCGGAUCGCGGCGUCUAAGUGUCGUAAAAGGAAGCUGGAGCGGAUCUCCAGGCUAGAGGAGAAGGUGAAGGUUCUGAAGACCCAGAACUGUGACCUGACCUCCACCGCCUCGGUCCUGAGGGAACAGGUGGCCCAGCUCAAACAGAAAGUCAUGAAUCACGUCACCAACGGCUGCCAGAUAGCAGUGAGUUCAGCCACCCUGCAGGCCAACAGCACCAGGGAGAGGGACAGCACCAACUGUUGAUCAACGGACUGUACUGUACAGGGAUGAGAAGUGUAUUUUUUUGUUCUGUUGCUCUGAGUCAGUCCUCUAUAAAGGAGGUAGUACCUCUACUGUACAGGGAUGAGGAGUGUUGUGAUGGUAAGUGAAAUAUGCUAACUACGUGAGUGGUUGGGGAGAAGGGAGAAUCCCACCUCUCUAUGCUAACUGCUAACUACGUGAGAUGUUGAGGAGAAGGGAGAUUCCCACCUCUCUAUGCUAACUGCUAACUACGUGAGAUGUUGAGGAGAAGGGAGAUUCCCACCUCUCUAUGCUAACUGCUAACUACGUGAGAUGUUGAGGAGAAGGGAGAUUCCCACCUCUCUAUGCUAACUGCUAACUACGUGAGAUGUUGAGGAGAAGGGAGAAUCCCACCUCUCUAUGCUAACUGCUAA